AUGGCCUCGAACGUCUCCAAGGCCGGAAUCACCACCGACGCCAACACCGGCGAACGAUACAUUCCCUCAUCCGUUCGUGCAGAUGGCUCCAAACGCAAGGAGAUUCGUGUACGACCUGGAUACAAGCCCCCGGAGGACGUGGAGCUAUACAAGAAUCGCGCCGCGGCCGCCUGGAAAAACCGUGGUGCACGAGGUGGGGUGCCGGGUGCGGAAGCCCCGAGCAGCGAAGACGACAAGAAUACGCAAAUUCCCAGCACCACAGCAAGCAACAAGAACGCCAAACGCAGAGAAGCCAAGAGGAAGGCCAAGGAGGCCGAGGGAUUUGACGGUACCAUUGAGAAGAAAGGUUCGGACUCGGACAACUGGAGGGCCCCUCCUAAGGAGGAAAAGAAGCCCGCUGAAGAACCCGUGGAUGUCGAGGCCGAGAAUGAGAAGAAGGCUCGCAACCUGAAGAAAAAGCUGAGACAGGCGCGGGACCUUCGCGAUAAGAAGAACUCGGGCGAGGCCCUGCUACCAGAGCAGUUGGAGAAGGUCAUUAAGAUCCAGGAGCUUAUGCGACAGCUGGAUGCUCUUGGAUUUGACUCCAAUGGCGAUAAGAAGGAGAACAACAAACUGGAGAACCCCUGA